AAAAGAAAAGAGAGAAGCUUAAAAUGUACAGAGAAAGUAAAAAGACACGAUUUAAAAAGGGUAGAGAGAGAGAGAGAGAGAGAGAGGAGCGAGCUACACUAGAAUGAAGUUGAAGCUCCUAAUUCCCAAGAGCUAAAACGAAAGCAACAAAACCCAGUUGCUAGUUUGCUACUGCUUGCAGCCUAAGCAGAGAUGUCGAAGUAAUUAAUCUCUUCGAUUUCUGAGCCCAAAACCUACUGAUCUCUCUCCUAUCUAUUGAGCCUUGGAUUUAUUUUUAUUUUAUUUUUUGCGAGACCCAUGAGAAAUUCCCAUCUCUUUCUCGUUUUCAUAGCACUCGUUGUUGCUUGUACACUCCAAUUUCAAGCUCAUGCUGCUCCUGCAGGGCCAUUGAUCAAACACUUGUCAUCUAUUCUCAAAUGGACCAGGGCAUCCUCGAAAAUACCCCAAUCAGAUGGGAAUGCUCUUCAAUUUGAGAAUGGUUACUUGGUCGAGACUGUCGUGGAAGGAAAUGAUAUUGGAGUGGUUCCUUACAGAAUUCGUGUCUCUGAGGAUGGCGAACUUUUUGCUGUUGAUGAAAUGAAUAGCAACAUUGUUAGGAUCACUCCGCCAUUGUCUCAAUAUAGUAGGGGAAGGUUGGUUGCCGGGUCUUUUCAGGGUCAUACAGGGCAUGUGGAUGGAAAACCCAGUGAUGCUCGUUUUAAUCAUCCCAAAGGCAUAACCAUGGAUGAUAAAGGCAACGUGUAUGUUGCCGAUACCUUGAACCUCGCCAUCAGGAAGAUUGGGGAUGCUGGUGUGACAACCAUUGCUGGAGGGAAAUCAAAUGUUGCAGGGUACAGAGAUGGCCCAAGCGAGGAUGCCAAAUUCUCAAAUGAUUUUGAUGUGGUAUAUGUUCGGCCCACCUGCUCCUUGUUAGUCAUUGAUAGAGGAAAUGCCGCUCUUCGGCAGAUCUCUCUCAAUCAGGAAGAUUGUGAUUAUCAGUCCAGUUCAAUUUCUGCUACAGAUGUGGUUAUGGUUGUUGGAGCUGUCUUGGUAGGAUAUGCUACAUGUAUGCUUCAGCAAGGUUUUGGAUCUUCUUUCUUGUCAAGGAUGCAACCUUCAGACAGUGAAUUUAAGGAUCAUUCAAACAAAGGAAAACCCACUCCCAUUGUGGAGAGCAUAAAAGAAGAACCUGGAUGGCCAUCUUUUGGACGGCUCAUCCUUGAUCUGUCCAAGCUUGCAGUCGAAGCAUUGGCCGGUAUACCCCUUUACUUUAUACCCUCUCGUUUCAGACCAGAUGGCCCUAGAAAUGGCCUUACUCCCUUUAAAGACUCUCUCCGGAUGCCUGAAGAUGAAGUUCAACCCACAUUGGUUCAGAGGCAGACUACUCCUGCUCCUCUUUCUGAAAAUCGGCAGUCCCAUACUCCUAAUAGAAGUGACAAAUACUCUGAAAUGAAGCCCCCAAAGAUCAAAUCAAACAGUUUUAAGGAUCCCUCAUUGUCAAGUAAGCACCGGUCUUCAAAACGACAAGAGUAUGCAGAAUUCUAUGGACCGGGUGAGGUUCCUCCUUAUAGCAAGUCUAAGAGCCAGAAAGAUCGAACAAGGCAUCGACAACGAGAUAAAAGUGGAGAAACGGUUUAUGAAGCAGUGGGGUCAGAGCCAAGGCCCUCCGAGAUGAAGGCAGCGCAUUAUGAUAAUCAGAAGUUUGACCAUUAUAAUAUCAGGAGCAAGUAUGGUUCAGAUGAUUCCUUCCGAUAUUAAUCAAACGGUAUUUUGCCGUCUUUUCAAAGUUAGCUUAGUUUCCUGCCCCUUCUAUAUGGAGCACCAUGUUUCCUUCUGAUCGAAUAUGUAAUUGAAUCAAUACUGUAAUCAAGGAUAUGUGUUUGAGAGAUCAAUUGCAAAUGAGGUGCCAAUGAGGUUGAGUUCAGAGAAAAUAUUUGGCAGGGUGCUACCAUACAUGUUGCCUCUCUGAUAGAAGCCUAGAAGAAGUAGAGAGCCUUGUUUAGAAAACCUGGAAAGGUUAACAUGUGUGUGUUCUCUAUUUUUUUUUCCCCACUUCCAGAAGUUUGUGUAGUGAAAAAAACUAAGUAUUAGUACUGCAACCAGUUAAGUUGAUGUUCUUCAAAAUAUGCUAGUAUCUUGAGUAAUAAACUUGUUUUGAUGGUGGAUUACCAGUAA